AAAUAUAUAUAUAUAUACAUCCUUCUCAGAUUUUUUUGUACAAGUGUUUCUCCCUUCCUUUCCGUUCUUAUUUAUUAUGUAAAUUAUUACGUUUUUAUUAUACGUUUACUCUUUUAAAAUUAAAAUUAAAAUUAAAAUUUGAUUUAUUCGGAAAAGCGAGCGCGAAAUUCUUCGGUCGAUAAAGUGGAGCGUCAUUUUCAUGUAUCGACUUUUCGUUUUCGGUACGAGAUAAUAUAACAACACAUAACCUCAAUCAAUGUUGCGACUUAACGCCAUUUGAUAUAUCGUACAUGUUUCAAUAAUAUAUUUUCUUACAUUUAUAUAUUUUAACAAUCAUGAGGAAUCAAUGGUGUGUCUUAUCACUGAAGAAAAAGCUUACGUAAGAGUCUAUCAGAAUGUUCAAUCCACUUGUAAACAUUAGCCGGUCGUUGACGACUGCAGCAAGGUCCAAACGACGUGUUGUUGUGACCGGAAUAGGAGUCGUGUGUCCCUUAGGAGUUGGAACGCAAAACGCCUGGAGAGCUCUUAUUGACUCCAAGUGCGGGAUCACGAAACUCUGUGAACCAGAUUAUGACAAGUUACCGUGUAAAGUAGCUGCGUCAGUACCAAAAGGAAAUGCUUCCAAUGAACUCAAUAUCGACUCCUACUUUACGAAGAGCGAACUUCGCACCAUGUGUUCUGCCACUGCUUACGCACUGAUAGCCUCGGAAGAGGCGCUCGUGGAUGCAAAGUGGAAACCGGACGACGAGAGCGACAAACGUGACACCGGAGUUUCAGUGGGAAUUGGCAUGAUUGAUUUGGUGGAUGUGUGCAUGACGUACGAGGCUCUGAAAAAGGGAUAUAGCAAAGUCAGUCCGUUCUUUGUGCCGAGGAUAUUACCGAAUAUGGCUGCUGGUCAGAUUAGCAUCAAAUAUGGUUUUCGAGGACCCAAUCACUCUGUGUCGACUGCGUGCGCGACGGGUGCGCAUGCCAUUGGUGAUGCGUUUCGUUUUAUUCGCGGCGGCGAGACGAGCGUCAUGGUGUGCGGUGGGGCAGAAGCCUGCAUCAGCCCAUUGGCCAUAGCUGCGUUCUGUCGGCUUCGCGCGUUGAGCACGUCAAUGAACGACACACCGGAAAAAGCGUCACGACCGUUCGACCGGGAUCGCGACGGUUUUGUCAUGGGCGAAGGAGCCGCGAUACUUGUGCUCGAGGAACUGAACCACGCACUCGCCCGGAACGUGCCUAUUUACGCGGAGCUACUGGGCUACGGUCUGUCCGGCGAUGCGUCGCACAUAACAGCGCCCAACGAGGACGGCAUCGGCGCGCUGCUGGCCAUGGACCGAACGGUAAAAGACGCCGGCAUCGAGACCUCGGAAGUGACGUUCGUGAACGCGCACGCCACGUCCACGCCAUUGGGCGACGCGAUCGAGGUGAAGGCAAUCGAAUCGCUGAUGGGCGAGCACAGCGAAAACGUGACGGUGACGAGUACGAAGGGAGCGCACGGUCAUCUGUUAGGAGCUGCUGGCAAUCUGGAAGCCGCCUUCACAAUUCUGGCGAUCAAGGAAGGCAUCAUACCGCCUACCUUGAAUCUGGACAAUUUGGACAUGGAAACGCGAUUGAACGUCGUGCCGCAUAAGAGAGUGAAGUGGAAAACGACGGCGCGACGAACGGCCUUGAAAAACGCGUUUGGCUUCGGCGGAACGAAUGCGUGCUUGUGCUUCACGCAGUAUAUCGAUUAAGCAGUUUUGAAGACGAUUGUAACACGGACAGAUCAAACCACUUUUUAGUUAUUUUUCGAAACAUUUCAACUAAAACGCGAAAAUAUUCAAAGGAACAGUAAAGGUAGGUGGUGCAGAUCUUUUGAUAUUUCUGUCGUUCAAUUAACACGGAAGAAAACGCCAUUGUGAGAAUCGCUAUUGUGAUGAUUGUGUACAUACAUAUGCAAAACAACGAAGCUCAAGAGAAGAAAAUUUGGUAACGAAUUGAAUUUCAAACACACAUGUGUAUUAGCCAGUUAUAUAUGUAGCGACUUAAAUAUUUUUAAUAACUUUUAUGUA